AUGAUGCAGAGGAAGCUUGUGCUGCUGGUUGGCGUCACCACGUUUACCUUCCUCAUGAUGCUGAAGUGGGAGCAUGUGAUAAACCUGGUGAACCUGAUGAGAAGCGAAAGACCCUCAGCUGAGCCUGAACUGUGGCCAGAACCCACACUGCAGUCACGACAAUGUGCGCCCCCGGACCCCAUCACCCCCAUCCCAGGCUCAAAACACCUCAUGGUGUCUGCCUUUAAGGACCACAGACUGGGUGGGACCAUCCGGGUCAUCAGCAUCAUCUGCAGGCAGGAGCUGCAGCCGCUCUAUUGUGUCCUGUGUGCCAAUGAUGAUGAUCUGAGUCGGUGCACAACUUCACAGGCAAACAUUGACGUGCACUCAGACCACUUUGGCUUUCCUUUUCAGACUUCAGAUGUGUUUUGCAAAAGUCCAUCAUCACAGCAAGCCACACAUGUUAGCAUAACAACUGACCAAUCCGCCAUCCACAAUUUGACAUUUUUACUAAUCCAGAACCAGGAAGUCAAAGAAUCAUUUAGGUACAACUUCACCAUAUGCAUAUCCAACCUAUUUGGGGAGUACAAUAAUGCUCUCCAGUUUGUGCAGACCAUGGAGGUGUACAAGUUGAUUGGGGUUCAGAAGGUUGUCAUCUACAACACCAGCUGUGGCCCAGAUGUUGAGAAAGUUCUUACGUAUUACAGGAGAGAGGGUAUGCUAGAAGUUAUGCCUUGGCCUAUAGACAAGUUUCUAAUGCCCUCUGCUGGGUGGAAUCAUGACUUGCACCCUGGGGACAUCCACUAUUAUGGACAACUGACCACUCUGAAUGAAUGCAUAUACAGGUACAUGUACCAAUCGAAGUACCUCCUGCUGCAUGAUCUUGACGAGAUCAUUAUGCCUUACAAACAUGCCAACCUGGAGAAGCUAAUGGAUUCACUACAGUUAAACCAUCCCAAUGCAGGAGUCUUCAUAAUAAAAAACUCUGUCUUCCCUACCACGGAGUUCGAUAAUAGCAGCCGAUUUCGUCUGCCUCAGUGGAACAGCGUGCCUGGUGUGAACAUCCUGGAGCACAUCUACCAAGAGCCGUACAGGACGAACGUGUUCAAUCCCGCCAAGCUGAUUAUCAACCCACGGAGAGUGGAGCAGACAUCAGUCCACUCCACGCUAAAGCAGUUCGGAGAUGUUAUCAGAAUCCCAUUUGACAUAUGCUUGACUAUCCACAUCAGGCACCCACUGCAAGAGGGCCUUUCCAAAAAACAGCUGAUUGUGGACAAGAAACUCUGGGAGUUUGCAGAAAUAUUAAUUCCCAGGAUUGAUCAAGCUCUGGAGGAAUCAGGCCUGACAACUGGGAAGCCUGCCCCCCGGGACAUGAACGUAAUCACAGACAAUGCAUAA